AUGUUUCGUUUUUGCAAUUAUUCUUAUUUCUUAGAAGAAGCCGUAGAAUCCUCGAUUUCUCGCAAUCGGAUCUCCAUCGUCGCCCUCGCCGGAGACGAUUUCAGACCUGAACGGCAACCAUGCCGAAGAAGAUGGGGGUAAACAGCAAGGCCGAGGCGGCGAGAGCACGCAAGAGCGCAGUCGAGGUCGAGCGCAAGGAUCGGGAAAAUCGGGAGAAGGUGGAUCAGUACUGGCGCGAAGCUGAGGGUCCCAAGUCUCGCGCCGCCAAGAAGCGGGAGGAUGAAUCUGAGAAGCGUGCUGAGGCUGCGGCUCGCAAGGCGGAGAUUCGCCGCCUGGCCGAGCAGGAGGAUAAGGAACUUGAGAAAGCCAUGAAGAAGCCCGACAAAAAGGCGACUAGGGUUUCGAUUCCGGUCCCCAAGGUCACGGAAGUUGAAUUGAGGAGGCGCAGAGAGGAGGAGCAAGCUGAGCUUCAGAGGAAGGUCGAGGAGGCGAAGAAAAUGCAGAGUCGGACGGCGGCGGAGGAGGAGUACGAGAGGAUGGUGCUCGUCAACAAUACUAAUCGGGACGAUUCUAUUAUUGAGGCCAGGACGGUGGAGGACGCGAUCGCUCAAAUAUCUGUUACGGAUAAUUUGCCUGUGGACCGGCAUCCAGAGCGAAGGCUCAAGGCCUCAUUUAAGGCUUUUGAAGAAGCUGAGCUCCCCAGGCUGAAGGAAGAGAAACCUGGCCUUACACACAAUCAGUACAAGGACAUGAUAUGGAAGCUAUGGAAGAAGUCUCCUGAUAACCCUCUUAAUCAGGUUGCUGAGUGAAUUGGAUCCAUCUCCUUCAACGGUUCUACGUCUGUCUGUCGCAUGUGCGUCGCAUGUUAUGGCACGGGAUUCUCGUAAAUGCAUAUAAAUAGUUUUCGGUCCUGUGUUUUACAAGAAGAAUCAAAAUAUUAUGGACCUUGGUUUCUGUUAUGUUCAAUCAGGCUAAUUUAAGUCUCAGAUUGGUGCUUAGGCGUUUAUAGUGAAUGGAGUUCAUGGAUGAUGGAUCCUUGAGGUUUAAAGAAGUGGUUUUUGAGUUAUGCUUUUA